UGGCACGGGGCUCUGGGCGCGGCGCCUCAGGCAUCGCGGCGGGCAGCCCGGGCUCCGGUGCGCCGCGGGCGUGGGAAGACCCCGGCGCCAGCGGUGGCGCAGAGCCGGCGGACGCGGCGGCGGCGGCGGCGGCAGCGACGGGCGUUGCGAGCGAGAGAGCGAGUUCGCUGCUUGUCUGUGCUCGGGCGCUGGCUGAUUGUUGGGCGGCCGGCGCCAUGUCUGUGAGCGAGAUCUUCGUGGAGCUGCAGGGCUUUUUGGCUGCGGAGCAGGACAUCCGAGAGGAAAUCCGAAAAGUUGUACAGAGUUUAGAACAAACUGCUCGAGAGAUUUUGACCCUGCUUCAAGGGGUUCACCAGGGCCCUGGGUUUCAGGACAUUCCAAAGCGGUGCUUGAAAGCUCGAGAACAUUUUGGUACUGUGAAGACACACCUCACAUCUCUGAAGACCAAGUUCCCCGCGGAACAGUAUUACAGGUUUCACGAGCACUGGCGGUUUGUGCUCCAGCGCCUUGUCUUCCUGGCGGCCUUCGUAGUGUAUUUGGAAACAGAGACCCUGGUGACUCGGGAGGCGGUUACAGAGAUUCUUGGCAUUGAACCAGAUCGGGAGAAAGGAUUUCAUCUGGAUGUGGAAGAUUACCUCUCAGGAGUUUUAAUUCUUGCUAGUGAGCUGUCCAGGCUGUCUGUCAAUAGUGUGACUGCUGGAGACUACUCUCGGCCCCUUCACAUCUCUACUUUCAUCAAUGAGCUGGAUUCAGGGUUCCGCCUUCUCAAUCUGAAAAACGACUCCCUGAGGAAGCGCUACGAUGGCUUGAAGUACGACGUGAAGAAAGUGGAGGAGGUGGUCUAUGAUCUUUCCAUCCGAGGCUUCAAUAAGGAGACAGCAGCGGCUUGUGGUGAAAAAUAGGAGCUUCUCCUCCCUGUGGCUGGCCUUGCCGACAAGGCGUUUGCCAGGGAGGGCUGGCACAGUGCCUCUCCUUUAGUUAGCACGCCAGCUGCUAAACGCUGCGCUUUAUUUUCGCAACCAGCUGUGUGGUGUGAGUAGCAGAAUUGAGAUACUUUUUGGAUCUUAAAAAAAAAAAAAAAAAAAAAAAAAAACCCUUU